CUGAUUGGGUCCAAUUGGGUCCGAAUGCCGUCGGCACAACACGUGAUCUUGGUAUUCGAGUUUGCCCCUUCCACUGCUAUGCGAGGUCUAGAUGUUUAUGGUCUAAGCUGUCAUUGAACUUGUUAUUGCGUUCAAGGCAUAUCGAUAAGUACCACCAACUGUUAUCACCAACCCAUUUAAAACUCGUUUUCGAGUAUAAGUCGUCAUUUCUAUUUUUCUUGGGCUGUGUUGUCACUAUUUCUGUAAGCAGUUAGGACAGUAUAUCUUAGUACGUUAUGAUUAUUUUCAUGUAGAAUUUAAGAGGCCACUGCCAUAGUGUUUCGAGCAAGAGUAUAAUGUCUUUGAUUGGAAAAGUUGUUCUUAUAACAGGAGCUAGUUCAGGAAUUGGAGCGGCGACUGCGAUUCAUUUUUCACAACUCGGAGCUCAACUAUCUUUGACCGGACGCAAUAUUCAAAAUCUGCAGAAUACCGUCGAUCGAUGCAAAGGGCCAAAACCAUUUUUCAUUAUCGGGGAACUUACAAAUGAAUCCGAUGCCAAAAAUAUCUUGAAUUCUACUAUCGAGCAUUAUGGAAAACUAGAUGUACUGGUCAAUAAUGCUGGUAUUUUAGAAAUUGGAAGUAUCGAGAAUACCAGUUUGGAGCAAUUUGAUAAAGUUUUCAAUGUAAACGUCAGAACUUUGUAUCAUCUGACAAUGUUAGCUGUGCCUUACCUGAUACAAUCAAAAGGAAAUAUCGUGAAUGUUUCCAGUGUCAACGGUAUAAGAUCGUUUCCUAACGUUUUGGCUUACUGCAUGAGUAAAUCGGCUGUUGAUCAAUUUACAAGAUGCGUUGCACUAGAGUUAGCAGAGAAACAAGUAAGAGUGAACAGCGUGAAUCCUGGGGUUACAGAGACAAAUUUGCAUAAAACAAGUGGAAUGCAGGAAAAACAGUUGGAAGAAUUCUUUGAACGCGGUAAAAGUACUCACCCUCUUGGUAGAGUCGGAGACGUAGCGGAAGUGGCAAAGACGAUCGCCUUUUUAGCGAGUGACGACGCUAGUUUCAUUACCGGUGCUACUUUACCGGUGGAUGGGGGCAGACAUGCAUUAUGCCCUCGUUAAUAUUUGCAAUUCAUGCUACCGAUCGUGUUCUCAGUUUAUAACAGUGCACAAAUAUUCCACAGAAAAAUGUAUACGCAUGCGCGCAAAUUUCUAAGAUAUUAGGUAACUCCGUUACGGUGGUAGGAGUAA